AGGAGGCUACAAACCACAAACAACAUGAGUUUGGUUAGUUUAUUUAUGACACUUGACACUUUCUAUGGUAAAUGCUUAACAUGAACUGCAUGCACAAAUAUUCCAUUAAUAGGGGUUGAUUUACAUGAGCACCGGAGAAUGCAAAACUGAUUGGAUCAGUACAUGCUCUUAUAUCUUGCACCAAUCGGACAAUGUGAACACCACACACACUGAUCAAAAAGCUCUGAUAACACCUCAAAGUAACUGACUAUAACUGAAAUAGAGCUGGCUGUUCUGAUGUAUACAGUGGGUAUGGGUAUAAAAUUGUUGACUAGAAGAGAUAUUACUGUACUGUGGUAGAUGUAUUAAAUUAAAUUAUAAUUCCCAUUAUGUUCCAAUUCUUGCAAAUACAGAUUCAAAGCCAAUUACUGGUCGAUUAUGUUAUGGUCGAUAACCGAUAAAUGGCACAUUAAUAUUCUUUACUAUUUUCUAAAUCCCUGAACAACUAAAUCCUUAUUUGUCACAUGUAUGUUCUGUUUUAGUUUCAUAUUCACUUAGCUCCUAGUUAGUUUCCUUGUUUGUUAAUUAGUUUCCAUAGUUCCCAAUUCCACACGCCUGUCCACGCUGAUUACUCCCCAUGUAUUUAAGCCAUGAGUUCCUUAAUUCUUUGUCUGGUAUUGUCAACAUCAGUAUUAACAUAGUUGUUUUCUGUAUCUCCAAUGAUCUCCUGCAAUUUUCCGUUGUGGAUUUACUGAUUUAUUGUUCCUGAAUUCCCUCCGUCAUGCGCUUUAUACUAGUGAUGUUCGAUUCUUGAACGAAUCGUUCUUUUGAGCCGGUUCUCAGGAAGUAACCAGUCGAGCCGGUUCACUAAUCAAACUGAAUCUAUCUUUAGCUCCGGGUUGAUGACGCAAGACGCACAGCCGUAGUAGCUCGUCCGACUCAAAGGGUGCUUCUCAAAUGAAAGGCUGCAUCCUACAAAGGCUGCAUAGCUCGGCUGUCACGUCAUCAAACGUUGCUGAAGGCCAGCUCACUCGGAAGGAUCCUUAAAAGGCAGUCUUAGUUUCGCGUCCUUCGUUCAGCUGAAUUUGAAGGAUGCAUGGGAUGUAUCCUUCGCGUCCUUCAAUCACCCACAAUCCUUUGUACACAAUCCAAUUCACGAAAAUAAACUGACGGAAAAAGAGUAGGUAUUGAGCUUGUCUGAAUUUAUUAUGAAAUGCAAGACAAAAAUAAUGUUUUCAGACAAAGCAUAGAUGUUAUACUUUGAUUUGGUGUACAUUACUCACUUGCCAAAACACUCAACUGCACAAAAACACUCAACUGCCAAUAAUGUAAGCCACCGGGAGACUGCAGACGGCUAUGAUUCACUGUACUGCAUUAACAGAAAGCCAGAUAAUAUAAAGAUUUGUAAUAAAAAGUGUUUUUCCAAAAUUAAGUUUCAUUAGAAUUUCUGUGCCGUGACGGUGGGGGCGGGAACAUAAGUGACGUAGCCACGCAAAACUUAAUAGACCAUCUCAUUCAUGCAUUUAAAGCUGAGGAGGACCCGAGCCUUUAAUCCUCUGAAGGACUGAACAAGGAAUGACGCAGCCUUCCAUUCAAGAAGCACCCAAAAAGAACCGAAUGAGGCGGUUCAACCAACUGUCAAAGUUUCCCGAGGAUUACAGAGGACUCAAAAAGAACCGAAUGAGCCAGUCCAACUGACUGUCAAAGUUUGCCGAGGACUACAGGGUCGUCUGAUGAGCGAGUUGACGAUACAAUGCUGAGGCAGAUACUGGAAAUAUGCUUAUUAUAACUACUGUUAUUAAAUAACAUUUUAUUAGCUGCAAAAAACUUUGUUGAGAGAUAUAAAUUUUACAAUGGUUUAUUGUACAUGCAGAUUAUAAUUUAUAAGUUGAGCAAAAUCAAUGAGUUUAUAAAAUUGGUUUAUUUCCGCGUUUGUGCAUCAAAUGUUGUAGUUGCAAAUCUUAUCCAAGAUGUAGGCUACUCAAUAUUGGUUAGUCAUAUCUGACAUCAAGGUUCCACAAAUGAAACUGACCACAAACUCUAUUAACCAAGUGAAUGAAAAGCAAUAAUCAGCAAUAUGCAUUCACACAAAUGACUUUAUUUGAAUGUUUCAUUGAUAAAACUGAGUUGUUAGAAAAGAAAUGCAUAGUGACAUCAUUGCAUGAUGACGUCAGGAACCUAUGAAUUAGCUUUCUGAACCGAUUCAUUGAGCCAAACUGUCCGAAAAGAACCGGUUCGCUGAAAUCAAUCAGAAUUUGCAACACUACUUCAUACAGCCACCAGCCGUGACAGAAUACCAGACCCUCAAAAUGAGUAAAGGAAGAUGGACUUACCAGCAGUCCAGCUGCUCUGUUUGGAGCAGCAAUUGCUCGAGGAACACACCCAAGGAUUUUAGAACUGGCAUGCCACACAAACUUUCCUGAUCAUUCUCUGUGCAUCUUCUUUUACACUAGCUUGAAUUAAUGCACAAAAGCACCUCUGCACGGUGUCAGUCCUUGGGGAAACUUUGCCACGUUUGUGCAGAGGGUGCUGGUGAACAAUGUAUCAGUGUUCACCAUCAGCCUUGAGGAGGACAUCACCAGCCCCACUCCGGACACAGAGCCUGCCGUGAUGCAUGAGCCAGCGCCAGAGAAAAGGACUGAGCCAACCAUCGGCCUGGAGCCCGAGCACCACUGUGUGUCUGAUUAGUUGCGAGAGCCUGCUACAUCAUGUGCCGCCGUGGGACUGCUAGUAGAGCUCGAGGGAAUGGAUGUAGACCCCACCCACACUCCCACUGCUGAGGGGGAGCUGCUGCUGAUCUCUGGUGGCUAUUUGGUUUUGGAAGAGGAUAUUUCCCUUAUUCUCCCAUCCCCACUGGUUCCGCCCAGCUCCAAGUCACCUGCGUCUCUACUGGUUCUGUACAGCUCGAAGUCCACUGUCUCCAGAGAUCCCAGCCAGCCUCCCUCUCUCACCUCCUCUUCUAAAGCCAACCAGCCCGUUGGCCCUGCCUCCGUUGGUACCCAUCAGCACCUCACUGGUUUACUCCACUUUGUUCCACGGAUCCGCCUAGGGUCUCCUGGUCUCCAGCUCCGCACGGUCAAAUGGAUCCCCUGGCUCCACCUCCAGCCACUGAUCCCAUCACUCCACCCCGGCCCGUCGACCUAUCUGCUCUGCCUUGGCUCCUCUCUCCCUUGUCUACACCAAAGGCCAUCGUCCUUACGGCUACACCGGGCUCCCUCGUCUCUCCGGCUCGGCCUUGGUCAGACGUCACUCUGCCUGAGCCAUGGUCGAGCUCCACUUCCAUAUGACUUGUCUCAGUCAGUCAUUCCUCUGGUGUCGACAGCAAGCCUCCUCCAUGGCUCCUCCCUCCCUCGACACCGUCAUGGGCCUUUGUCCUGCCUGGCUCCUAGUUCCUCCCACCAUCAUCACCACCCUGGUUUCUCCCACUGUCACCUGCACUUGUCUCCUGCCCUUCACCUGUUCCACAGCCUCCUCUGCGUCUUACAGCGUCAACUGUGAAAGACAAGUGAGAGUUUUUCCAUACCCCUCCGUGACCGAAGAAUUCACAGUAGCAGCAGUCACAGUACUUUCCUUCCUUCUGAUUGGUUGAGGUGGAGGUGGAUGAACUGUGCUCCGAGCUGCUG